UUUGUCGCAGAGGUAUGGCUCUUUGUUGUCAUCGGAUGAGAGAGAAAGAGUGUAGAGAGAGAAACAAAACUAAGAGACAAUCACUGAAUCACUCUCACUCACUCUACAUGCUGUGUGCGUGACUCUGUCACUGUGUUUUGUGUUUAAGCACAUUGCAUUUUAGUUUCAGAGGAGUUUUUUUUUUUUUUUUUGCUGUUAUUGUUAUUCAAGUUUUGGUUACUACUACCGCCACAUGUUCAUGCCCCUUCAAUUUUUGUUCAACUUUUUGACUUUCUGCUUGGUUUCCAAGGAAAAAGAUUGCAACUUGUUUCUGGGUCUAGUUUGCUUUUGGUUGGGUUUGUUAGUCCCUGCUGGCACCUCGGAAUAGUGGGUUUUUGUUUUUGUUUUUGUUUUUUUUCUUCUUUUGGAGGUUCAAAUUCUUGUUCUGAUUCGUGUGAAGGUGGAAAAUUUAUGGGUGGUCACCGGAGGAGGAAAAAGAUGGGAUUCGUUGGAAAAAAGUAAGACUAUUCGGUGAUAACAUGUCUGCUUGCUUUUUUGGGACGGCUUUUUUGUGAAGAUUUUGGGUUGAAAAGGUUGAGGAAGAUGCUUAUGCUUGCAACUUUUUUUUAAACCCAUUUUAGCACCAAGUAUAAAAAGUUGUUCUUGGUCUUGUUUCCAAGUGUUGAGGUAGGUGAUGGGGGUUUUGAGCAUGUGAGUGAUUCAUGCCUCUCAUUUUGGAGCUUCUGAGAUUGGUUUCUGGUUGUGGCUUCGUUUGUUUGUUUGUUUGUUUGUUGUGCUUUCAUGUUUAGGAAAAGGCACAUCCUUUCUUCUCUUGCAAGGGAAUUGUUGGCACUCCAGCCACUUUUUCUUCUCUUCUUGUUCAGCUUGCACCACAACACUGUGCAGUGUCAAGGAAGGUUGAGUAAGCAUGUUUCUUCAGAGCCUCCCUCACCUUCUAGGCCAUCAUCAGCAGCACCAUCUUCAUCAGGAUACAAGGAUGACCCUAGGAAGAUAAUUUUGAGCAUGGUUUUAGGAGCAGUCACUGGGCUAGUUUGUUCUGUUCUGUUUGCACUUGUGGUUCGUUGUGUUGUUCAGUAUCUGAACCGCACACCAAUCCUCAAGGGCCCUGUCAUAUUCUCCCCCAAAAUUGCCUCCAAGACACUCCAAUCAGCUUUGGCAAAGGAAAACCACUUGCUUGGCUCGAGUCCUAAUGGGAAGUACUAUAAAACUAUGCUUGACAAUGGACUCACUAUUGCAGUCAAAAGGCUAACACCCUUUGAGAGCAAUUCCCCGGAGGCCAAGAGGAAAUCAGUGAAGAGGCAGAUACAAACUGAGCUUGAACUUCUUGCAAGCCUUAGGAAUAGGAACCUGAUGAGUUUGAGAGCCUAUGUUCGUGAGCCUGAUGGAUUCUCAUUGGUUUAUGAUUAUGCGUCCACUGGGAGUCUUGCUGAUGUGUUGAAUAGAGUGAGGGAGAAUGAGUUGCCCUUUGGUUGGGAAGUUAGGCUCAGGAUUGCUGUUGGUGUGGUGAAGGGUCUUCAGUAUCUUCACUUCACUUGUGUGCCUCAGAUUCUGCACUACAACUUGAAGCCCACUAAUGUGAUGUUGGAUGCUGAGUUUGAACCUAGAUUAGCAGAUUAUGGCUUGGCUAAACUUCUGCCUAACUUGGAUAGAGGAAGUUCUCUCUACACCCCUCCUGAAUGUUUCCACAAUUGCAGCAGGUACACCGACAAAAGUGAUAUCUUCAGUUUUGGCAUCAUACUAGGUGUUUUAUUAACCAGUAAGGACCCUACAGAUCCAUUCUUUGGAGAAGCAGCCAGUGGGGGAAGUUUGGGAUGUUGGUUGAGACACUUGCAGCAAGCCGGUGAGUCACGUGAAGCUCUAGAUAAGAGCAUGUUAGGAGAAGAAGGUGAGGAAGAUGAGAUGCUAAUGGCUGUUAGGAUUGCUGCUGCAUGCCUUUCUGAUAUGCCUGCAGAUAGGCCUUCUAGUGAUGAGCUUGUUCACAUGCUAACGCAACUGCACAGUUUUUGAAACAAACCUUGAUUCUUCAGUUCCUAGAUAUUUUUUUCUUUCUCUUAUCCCCUCUUUCUGUAAUAAGAUGAUAGGGGAAUUUGGUUAGUGCCCAUGAUUCUGGUGUAAUUGAUUGUUUUGGUGUAAUUGAUUGUUUUGCAUGAUCUUGGUUUUCAUGGUGUGGUUUCUAAUAUUCCAUUUUCUCUUUCUCUAUUCUAUUUCCUUUUUCUUUUGGCUGAUUUUGCAGGUUGUGGUGGGUUUAGGUCACACUAUUAUAUUUUGUUUGUAAAUGACUAGUCAUGUUAACAAGAGUUUUCUUUUCUUGCUCA